AAUCACUGUUAGUCCUUUUCGAACGUUUCCACCGUUUACAUCGCAAUAGCUCGCGCGGUGGAAAUACGCGCUUAUUUUGCUGUCUCGAUUCCGUCGGGGCGGAAGUGAACAAACCAUCGACACGUGUCUGCUGUGGGAAAAAAAGUUGGAGCCACCCGACAAGUGGCACCGAAAAGAUGGCUAAUCGUUUGAUUGUGGUGCCAAUUGUUUAAGCCACGUGCACAAGCGCACCCGAUUAGUGAAUAGUGUGAAGCUAAAUAAAAUAAUGUCACGUGCGACCAUGUGAAAAAAAAGUUCAUUCAAAAGGAUCUCUUUUGAUACACAGUUUUCUAGUCAGUUAUUGUGAUAAAUUAAUACCGCUUAGUGUAAAGGAAUUAGAAUACCCCUAGUCAUAAUGUUUUCGAUGGAUCCGUUCGAUUUUGAGGCCGUCAUGAGCCGACAUUUGUUCGAUGGACCGGCGGCGUUGCAGCAUCAUGGUCAGAGCCAGAGUCAUCAUCACGUUCACCACCAUCAUCAUCACCAUCACAACAGUGGUCAUUUGCAGGGAAUCAAUGUGGAUUCUACGACUUCGAAUAGUUCGGAUUACUUCCUGGGAGAUGAUGAAAAUACGACAGACAGCGACUCGUUCUGUGGAUUCAACAGCGAUCAGGAGAAUAAUGAUGGUCUCAAAGACAUCUACUCGAGCCGAUCCUCCAAAUAUAGGCGACCAAAGUGCGCCUCACAGCAGGCCCAACAGCGGCAGGCGGCCAACCUACGGGAGCGGCGCCGCAUGCAGAGCAUAAACGAAGCCUUCGAGGGUCUCCGCACUCACAUCCCGACACUUCCGUACGAGAAACGACUGAGCAAGGUGGAUACGCUCAAGCUGGCCAUCAGCUACAUUUCGUUCCUGGGCGAAAUGCUUCGGAAGGAUAAAAACGGCAACGAACCGGGUGUGAAUGGGGUCAAACGACCACCCGUUAAGGAGCCCCCGAAAAAGUUCAUCGUUCGAGGUGGCAGCGGCCAGGUUCAUUCCCUCUCGUGGCAUCGGAAAGGUGAUCGCAGUGCGGAUGGGCGCUAUUUUGCAAGGAUCUGGCGUCCGGAGGAUCCUCGCAGCAAUCAACGGAACAUCGCAGCUGGUCCCUCGUCAUACACGAAUGGGCUCGUCGGUUGAGGGCGAGGGUUGAUUGCAGUUUCGUCGUAUCAUCAGCAAUUACAAAUCUAGUCAACAAAAGUAAACAUUAUUAAUGUUAGUAUUUAUAAAAAAAAAGACGGUCAUUACACCACCGGAAGUAAUGAUUUGCGAAUGAUUCUAGUCUUUUCAGGAAUUUUCCUGCUCUAUGUUGAAGAAAAAACUGUAAAUAAACAUUCUUUACUUAAAACAUU